CCAGCCUGUUCAAACUUUCCUCUUUCCAGAGACAGAUAUAUGGUUUUGGUUUUAUUAGUCUACUUUCUAUUCUUAAACAAUAGUAACUUGUCUUUUUUUAAAUUUAUUUUUAAGUGCAGAAAUCACAGACUCACACAUUCUAAUCUAAUCAGCAGGUUUUCUUUUGGAAACGUACAUCCCAGCUGGGAAAGUACAAUGCUUCUUCAUUAUUCUGUUACCUAUUUUAAUUAUUUCUCUUGCAAUGCUCUUUCUGACCUGUCUUAUACUGUCCAGGCUCUCUUAUUUUAAUGGAGUUUGUGCUUUUCGUUAAACUCGGUCAGACUUUUUCACCUACUUUUGUCCUCAGCCAACCUUAUAGAUUUGUCUGUCAUAAGUUAUGCCUGAAGCUGCAGAAAACUAAUUUAAGGUAGUUAUUUGAAGUUUCUACAGUUUUGGGGUGUUUUGCUUGGUCAACUUGAGCAUGAUAGAAACAAAAACCUCUAUAAAUCAAAGAGUGAUGUAAUUUGUCAAAUAAUCACUGCUCAUACAGUAGACCAUAAUUUUGCUUGUAUUUUUUUUUUUGCUCAUUUUAAUAAGAUGACACUUAGUGUCCUGGUAAGUCAUUGAAUCAUUUUCUGUUCCUUAUUCCAAAGACCUUUGUUAUCCCCAGUGUUGUUUUCCCACUUCUGUCGUUAUAAUACACAACCUUUCCUUUAUUCUCUGAGCCUGGAAUUAAUUCUUCCUCUAGUUUAGAGUUGGUUGAUUUUGCAGGCAUAUUCAUUCUCAAAAUGAGGCUUUUCUUGUCCCAGAUGUUUGAAUAGCUCCAUAUUGACCGGAUCCCAUUCUUUGCUGUUGCUUUCCUAGCAGCACUUGUAUGGUGACAGUCUUUAUCCUGAACUCUAGUUCUUUUCACUGUUGGGUUUAAUUGUGUAGUGUUUUCCUUCUCCUAUAACUGGCACCUCCUAACCCAACACACUCUUUUUUUUCAUGCCAUCCAGGCACAGCACAUCUGGCUUAGACAAUAUGCGUGGGGGGGGGUUGUGGGGUGUUGUUUUUAAUUUUUCCCCUGUAGAGUGCAAGGACAAGAAGGAGGAUGCAUCAUUGAACACUGAGCACUUUGUGGUACAUGCUGAUGCUGCUGGUGGGCAUGGUACAGGGAGCAGUAUGCUAUCUAUGUCCCAAAGCACAGCUAUAAGGGAAGUUGAGGAUAACUUGGGAACAGAAGAUAGAAUCAGCCUUAUAAAGGAGGUGGAGAAAGAUGGAAGAUACUGCACCCUGCAGGCAACUGGGUCAGCUUCCCAAGACUCAGCAGCCUUUGAUGGCCAGCUUGACCUUGCCUCUGUAUGUGGGAGGUUGUCAAAUUUCCUCAGUGACACAAAGGCUGUGCCUCCACUUUCUGUGGUUGAAUCUGCACAGGAGCCCACAUCACAGUCAGGGUCCCAUGAGCAGUGUCAGAGCUAUUGCUCUGAUGGGAUUGAAAAGGAGGCAAAGAAGAAGAAAAGUAAAAACAGAAGUGGGAUGUACUCCAAUAAAGUACCUGGUGGAAUACCUGGAGACCUCUGCAGACAGGACGUGUGUGGCCCAGCUACUCACCGAUCAUCCAAAUGUACUUCAGGCAGCGUUGCAGCUCAGCAAUCCUACAACAUGUCUUCAGUCCUGGAAUGUGGAAGUAGCCAUGAUGGGACCAAGGGAAAGAAGAAAUUAUUUGAGAAUCCAAUAAUUCUGCCACCAGUCAGGAAGAAGUUACGCACCUUCUAUAACGCAGAGCAGUUAGAAGAGUUGGAGAAGAUGUUCCACGAAGACCACUACCCCGACAAUGAGAAGAGGAAGGAGAUUGCAGCUGUGGUUGGUGUAACGCCACAGCGUAUCAUGGUCUGGUUUCAGAAUCGCAGGGCAAAGUGGCGGAAAUCAGAGAAGUUGAGUGUGAAAAGCGACAAAAAGCAUCCAACAUCCUCAGCACCGCCACCUCUUCUGCCCAUGCCUCCAUUGCCUGACAUUGCUCAUGACCAGUCUGCUGUGCUGGACGUUGACACUACAGGUGGGAACUACUCCAGCUUGCUCAGUGGAUAUCCUGCACCACUUGCCUCCUCCUCAGUAUCAUCAGUGGUAGGAAUGGUGACAUCCUGUGAAGCAGUUCAGACAAAGGCAUUGCCACAGCUCAACUUCAGUUUCAGCAGAAUGGAGUGCUUCCCUAGUCUUCCCAGCCCUCCACCCAUCCGCAGGGCCAGCCUGCCCCUCAGUUUGGCUGUCAGCUUGCACAACCACGUUGUUCCUUUGAUGCUGGACACUCCCAACAGUGAAUGCUACUUUUCCUGUCAGCAAAAUGGCUCGAGAGAGGCCUUCACGUACAGCAUCCAGAAUCAAGGUUUGAAUUCACCAGUUCCCUUCAAUUACCCUGAGGAGCUGGAGUCAGCAGGCAACCUAGAGGACACAUACUGUUCGUACGGCAGCCAGGAUGGAAUUUACCAGCUGCCCCAAUAUCCCCAGCAGCACCAGCUCUCCCAGUUCCACCAACUGCCAGCUCACCUGACCAGCAAUGUGCUCGCCAGUGUCCACCUCAGUCCUACACCCACUGAGUCCCAUACAGCUUUCCUCCCCUUACCUGGUAACAGUGGAGUUGUAACCCAUGGGGCACCGGGAACCACACAAGCAUACAUACAAAGCCACGUGGGGGAACAACUGUUGUUACAGCAGCCAAGUGAAAACUCAGCAGGCAUUCCUGCCUAUCCAGCUGUCCCCUGGAAUGAUUUCUACAUGCAGGGAGCUCCCUUCUCAAAUCAGCUGUGCUCACGAGUGCCAUUUUCUAGCACAGUAGGAGGAAAGUACUUCACUGAGCAGACUUCCUAUGCUCAGGCACCUUGCCUACCCUCCUCCCCCCGUUUUCAAGUGCCCAAUGGAACAACACUGGGAUCCAUGCCACAUGCUGAAAAACAAAAGGGAGGGACACCACCAGACCAGAGUUCCUAUCAGAAUCACCAAGAGCCAGAGAUGACAUCUCUUCCUGAAAGAGAGGAAGUAGAGAGUAGCAGCAAGAAAGAAGAGGCUAUUGUUGAAAUUAAGAAGAAACUAAUGACUGAUGCUGCACUCUGAGGGGGGGGAAAAAGUAAAGGAAGAGGAAACGUUGCCAUUUUUUAAACUCUGCAAAAUAAGAGCCCGAAAACAAGAG